AUGGCGAGCCACGAUGUGAGUGAUUGCGACCGCAUGAACAUUCUUGGUGUCUUCACGUCUCAGGUGACAUGUCUUGUAAUCCUCCUCUUCAUUGCUCAACAAUGCAACUGCGAGCACAAUGUUGGUGUCGUCAUCAGACUCGAUGCUUACGAAUCCAUCGCGUACGCUCUGACGCUCUUGGGGUCUCUUGCGAGGAAGCAGAGGGAGCUUGCAGGACCAAACCUCACGUUGAGUAUCGACGUGUUUGUUGUCAGCCCUGAGCUGUCUGCUCCUCUUCAUGGCCAUGCUCUCUCCCACUGGGACGCAGAUGAGGUUGGAUGUUCCGCUUUCCUUGCUUCCCUGGGCCAGGAGACGAGGAGGAUGGAAUCGAAGAUGUUAUUUGCUGAGCAUGGACAAUCUCUGAGAAGCUGGUCGAGCAACAAGACUGUGUUGUUGGCUGUCGACCUAUGGCUGUCACCCGAUGUGUGUGAUGGGGAGACAACAUCAGAACUAGCUUCCGUUCGGUCCAGAUGUUUCGUAGCUCUCACUUCAGACGCUGUGAAGGUCCUCGAGCAAGGGAUAGACUUUUCACCUUGGGGGAGCGCGAGACGGAAACUUGAAGUCUGGGUGCCCGGGCCCUGGGAGGAGGAGAAGCUCAGUACGCUUGCGAGCAGUAGGAGGCUGGGGAUCAGAUCGGUGCUGCUUCCAUUUGCGUUGAAUGAUGCUGUUGUUGUAGAGGGUUGGAGAGAUGAAGGAGUGACGGGAAGGAGGAGGAGAGAAACCAAGCAGAGAAGGAGGUUGACGAUUGGAGUGUUUGCGAUGAGGAGGGAAUUUACGUCUUGUGAGAUUGAUGCUGUCAUUCAUUCGUGUCGGGUUGUGUCGGAGACAAACAAACAGAACAAGGAGGAUGUUGCGAGUGGAAAGAAAGCAUUGGAUCAAGUCAUGCAGGCUGAACUACUUCUGGGAGGUCACUCUUCGCUGAUUGCAAACUUGACAUCACUCAUGGCGCGUAUCGAGACUUGCUCGCUGCUGAACAAAAGCAAGCUUCUCACCCUCACUCGAUGCGUAACGAAAUCAGAUGUGAGAUCUGCGAUGAUGGAGCAUAACGUCUCCAUCAUGAUGUUUCUGAAGCAGCCACACCCUUGUUUGCCUGCUACACGAACUCUGGCGUUGCAAGCUCAACAUGCAGGGGUCGCGAUCUUGUCUGAGAGGACGCGAGUGAUGAUGGAGAUCGUGACAGACGGGCAUGACGGAGUCCUGAUAGACAAGAGGGAGAGGAGAGAGGAAGAGGAACGUGAGGGGAACCUGGCGGACUGGAAGUCGGGACUGAUGAAGAUGACGAGUUUGCAAGACAGUGAGGGAAACUCAAUGUGUUUGCUGAGGAGACUGAGCUCUGGUCAACCUGGAAUCGUCUUGGCGCGUCAGCAUGCCUUUCUCCUGCAUGUUUGGUACCGAUUGACUCGCAAGGAGUUUGACCGUCCUCCAACGACGCGUUUCGUCGUUUCGGUUUUCAUGUGGAAGAGCAACGAACAUGUCUUGUUUGCAAUCGCGUCAAAACCUUCCUUGUCUUUUGUUCGAGAGUUUCGGAGCAAGACAAAGUUGAAACUCCUCGUGUGGACUUGGGAUUUGAUCGAUUACGAAGAAGACAAGACAAGGAGGAAAUGGUUCGAAGAAGUGAUCAACCUUGUUGAUGCAGCAUUUCUCAACGAGAUGGGUCGAGAGUACAAGUUGUGGUUGAAGCAGCACGGAGCAGAAGUCCACUAUGUGGAUGAUGGGACAGUGACGAUCGGAGAUAGAGGAGGAGGAAGGCGACCAAAAAGAUUCCCUUUGAUCGAUACAGAAGAUGCAGUUGUUUUCGUAGGCUCCCUCCAAGGAGAUGACCCUCUAAGGACCAGAGCGAUCAGAGCACUUCUCGAUGCCGACAUCAAGGUGAACAUCUACGGGCCGGAGGAGCCGUGGGCGCGAGCAGGGUUCAGGACAGCAGGAGAAGUCUGGGCAGAGGACGCGGCAGCUGUUGACUCAGCAGCUCAGCUUGUCCUCUGCGUCUCCCGCUCGUCCUCCCCUCUCCUCUCCCUCUACAAGUCCGACAGACUCUUUCGCUCUGCCGGAGCUGGAGCAUGCAUCCUCUGUAAUGAUUUCAGAGGUCUUGACUUGCUCCUUCCUCCCGACUCGGUUGCCGUCCUGCCCAUGAAGGGGGAUGAAGUCGAUCCGCACGCCCUCGUGGCCGCAGCCAAGGAGCUGCUGGCAAACAAGACGAGGAGGAGGAUGAACAGAGUCCUUGUGCAAGGCGUCGACAUGCUCUGCCUCGAUCGCCUACUCGAAGCCACCACCUACUUUACCUCCAGCAUGAGCCUCUGCCCAGCUAGCCCGAUCCCGAGUAUGUAUGCAGCUGUCUCCGAGCUGCUGCGAGGACAAGUCCAGCUCUCCAUCCGACUCGCCUCUGCAGCUCUUAGGACCAUCUCCUCCUCCUCCUCCUCCUCCUCCUUCUCGUCUCUGGAUGCCUGGCUCAUCACUCCAGCUCCGCCGCUCCCAGACGUAGUCCAGCAGGCCCUGAGGUUCAUCGCCUUCCAUUUCGGCUCGCACGUGCGAUGGAGGAUAGGAGAGGCGCUGGAGGCUGCGGAACGAGGAGAGGGAGAGGAAGAGAGGAAGUGGGAAGCGGAGGAUGUGGAGACAAGAAGAGGAAGGGAAGGGAAGAGCGAGAGAGGGGAGAGGCAGAAGAGAGGGAGAAGCAGCGAGGUAUUGGCUCUAGAGAGAACUAUCAUGCUAGCACAUCGUUUGUUCGGUUACAAGGAAUCUUGA